UAGUGAAGUCUCUGAGGUACCUGCUGCAGGGAAUGAGCAGCAGGCAAGCUCUUCUCUGGGGGAUUCUGGAUGCUUCUUGGCACCUCAAGUGCCUGCCUGACAUCAAGGAAGAAAUUGGCCACUCGCUGGCCCACCCUGGUCUUCCGAGUGGGCAUCAGUCUGUAGGUGGGGAGAGAAUGAGUUGUUAGCCGUGUCGCUAAGCUCUCCGGUUGUGAGCGUGUGGAUGGUGAUCUUCCUGCGCUGCUGAUCUCCAUCCAUCGGUGCCCACAUCUCAGACCCCAUGGCCUUCGCUGAGCUCUUAGACCAAGUCGGUGGCUUUGGGAGAUUUCAGAUCCUUCAGAAUUUGGCCCUUUUUAUUCCUUUAGUAAUAUUAGCAGCUUACCACUUGGUGGAAAAUUUUGCCGCUGCUGUUCCUGACCAUCGCUGCCGGGUUCACAUCCUGGAUAAUACCACCUUCCCUGUCAACACCACCGGUGUCUCUCCCAGCCUCAGUACCCUUCAGAGAGUCUACAUUCCUUUGGGUCCAGACCAGAGGCCAGAAACUUGUCGUAGGUUCCUCCACCCACAGUGGCAGCUUUUACAUUUGAAUGAGACAGACCUGAAUGCAAGUCAGCUAGACACUGAGCCCUGCCUGGAUGGCUGGGUGUACGAUCAGGGCCUUUUUGCUUCUACCAUUGUGACUGAGUGGGAUAUGGUGUGUGACUGGCAGUUCCUGAAGCCCAUGGCUCAAUCCAUAUACAUGGCUGGCAUCAUGACUGGAGCCAUCAUCUGUGGCCCCAUCUCUGACCGGUUUGGGCGGAGGCUGGUCCUGAGCUGGUGUUACCUGCAGAUAGCCAUCAGUGGCACCUGUUGUGCCUUCGUCCCCAACUUCUCCCUUUACUGCUGCCUCCGUUUCCUAUCAGCCUUCGCUGUGGCUGGCAUCAUGAUGAACACGGGGACGCUCUUGAUGGAGUGGACAAAAACUCAGGCUAGAGCCCGGAUGAUGACCAUGAAUGCCCUUGGGUUUAGCUUCGGCCAGGUCUUGCUGGCGGGGAUCGCCUAUGCCAUCCGAGACUGGUGCAUUCUCCAGCUGGCCGUGUCCUUGCCCUUCUUCCUCUUCUUUCUGUCUUCAUGGUGGCUGGCAGAGUCUGCCCGUUGGCUCAUCAUCACAGGCAAAAUGGAUCGAGGGCUCCAUGAACUCAAGAAGGUUGCAAGAAUGAAUGGGAAGAAGGAAAUCAGAGACACCUUGACCAUCGAGACGGUGACAGCCACCAUGCGGGAAGAAUUAACGGCUUCGGAGACGCAGCGGCACUCCAUGGCUGAUCUCUUCCGAACCCCGGAGCUGUGCAAGCGGUUCUGCUGUAUGCUCUCCGUCUGGUACGCCUUCGGGUUCACCUUCUACGGUCUCGCCCUGGACCUGCAGAGCCUGGGGAGCGACGUCUUCCUGCUCCAGGCGCUCAUUGGCGCCAUCGACAUGCCGAACAAGAUGGGCGCCUUCUUCGCCAUGAACCGCCUGGGCCGGCGCCUCACCCAAGCGGGAUCCUUGAUCCUGGCCGGCCUCUGCAUUCUGGCCAACACCAUGGUGCCCCCGGAGCUGCAGACCCUGCGGAUCACCCUGGCCGUGCUGGGAAUCGGCUUCGUGGGCUCGGCCUUUACCUGCCUUGUCGUCUACUGCAGCGAGCUCUUCCCCACAGUGCUCAGAAUGACGGCUGUUGGCGGGGGCCAGAUGACUGCACGCCUGGGCUCCACCCUGGGGCCCCUGGUGAGGUUGCUGGGCCAGUUCAAUCCUUUGCUGCCCCUGAUCAUCUACGGAGCCGUACCUGUGAUCUCUGGCCUGGCUUCCCUCUUCUUGCCUGAAACCCUGAACCUGCCGCUGCCGGACACCAUCCAGGAUGUCAAGAGCCAGAGCCCAGGAGUGAAAGGGGCAGAGCAGGGAGAGAGUGCUGUGAAGUUGACGAAAUUGUAGGACUAUCCCAAGAGCCUACAGCCCAAGGAAGAGAGUCAAGCAAGGAGGAUGACUCUUCUCUGGGCUCUAUCCUUCCCCUUACACCCAGCUACAGUGUGGGGAGAGUGCCUUGGGUGGGCUGUGAGAGCCCACUUAGGAGAGAGAUUGGGGCCCUCAUCUGGGGCAUCCUCUCCUCAUUCCUCAGGCUUUCCCCCAAUCUUCCUGAAUUCUGACCCAGUUAGCUCCUUCCCUCUGCUGCCCAAGAGCUCUGAGAUAGCUUAGGCCUGAACACAGCCACAAACGAUUCCUCCUGAACACUGAUUCCCAACCUCAGCACCAAAUCUCCAGUCCUGAGCUCCCCUCUGUCUCUAACUCCCCAGCCUCAGGCUUUCUCAUGGCACGGGAUUCUGUGGAUUUGGAGUGAGAGGACCUGAGUUUGAAUCUUAUUCCUUUCCUUGUGCUGCCUGUGUGACCUUUGACAAGUCACAUAUCCUCCUUGGGCAUCAAUUUCUUUCUUUGUAAAAUGAAGAGGGUGCUAUUAUCUUUGAUGUAUGGACUGUCACCUUUUCUCAUUGCCUUUCAGGGGAGGCCCUGCCCCAGGAGAGCUUGGGCCCAUGUCUGGCUGGCAUGACUGCUUUGGUCAGGUCCCAAGAGGGUGUGAUAUUCCCCCACACACACCCCCACAGACCAUGCAUGUCUGGGUAUGGAGAAUGGGAAAAGAGGCCAGGGCAUGGGGUGCUUAUCUUUAUUGCUGAGGGUAGUAGGGCUUUCCCAAGAUCUGGUAAUAAUCAUUAUUCCUCUUUCCCCAAAUGAGGAAUCCCUUGGGGGAAGAAGGGGAGACCUUUGGUUUUCUAUUCCUCUCCUCUCUGUUUACUGGCCUCCUGGAUCUGGCUUGUAUGGACCCUCAACAGACUCAGGUUGUAUUCAAUUCAACAAAUAUUUCCUUAAUAAAAUGGAAUAAUGAAGAAUAGAGAAGAAGAAAAAGAAGAAAGGAGA